AUGGAGAGCCAAAUUGCAUCUGCAGCGUACGCGGCUGAAGACGUAAUCGAAUCUCAUGUCGUCGACCAAAUUCAACCCGCAGGCCAUCGUCUCCAGAAAGUAGUAACAGAUAUUAGAAAAAAGGUUGCUAAGAUUGUGCGCUCAAAGAAGGCUAUAAAAAAUGAAAUUGCCAUGCUUGAUCUCCAGAUGGUAAUAGAAGACAUGGAUUCUAUCAAGAAAAAGGUUAUGGAGUUCAGAGAUGAAAUUGGAUCCAACGAACUUGAUAUGCAACCCACAUCUACUACUUCAUCGAGUACACCUUUUAUUACCACCGGCAAGAAUACUAUGGUCGGAUUUGACGAACAGUUGCUUCAACUUUUGGACAAGCUCACGGGGCAAAGGUCUAACCGGCAAAUCAUUCCAAUCGUUGGCAUGGGCGGCAUUGGUAAGACUACUCUCGCCAAAAAUUCUUACGAGCAUUCACUUAUUGUGCACCAUUUUGAUAUUCGCACUUGGGUUACUAUAUCUCAAAAGUAUAAUGUCAAACAACUUCUCUUGCAACUUCUUUCAAUGAUAAGUAGUGAAAUCAAUAGUGAAGACGAUGAGCAAUUGUUAGGACAAAAGUUGCACAAAAUACUAUGGGGUCGGAGAUAUUUGAUUGUAAUUGAUGAUAUUUGGGGCAUUGAAGCUUGGGAUAGUUUAAAUCUUUUCUUUCCGGAAAACAAUAAUGGAAGUCGAAUUGUUGCGACUACAAGGAUAUCGAAUGUGGCUACUCACUUCGACUCCUCAUUGUUUGAGUUGAGUUUUCUAGAUGAGGAUAAAAGUUGGGAGCUAUUUUGCAAAAAAACAUUUGGUGAGGCCGGUUGCCCUCUUGAACUAGAGGACGUUGGAAAGGAGAUUGUUCAAAAAUGCAAAGGACUUCCUCUUUCGAUUAGUGUGAUUGGUGGACUUCUUGGAACGUCUCAUAUGACGCAAAAAUAUUGGAAAACCAUUUCAAAAGAUUUAACCUCAUUUCUCAACUCUCGAGAGGACGAGAAUUGCUUGAGUAUAUUAUCUUUGAGUUACACAUACUUGCCUGCUCAUCUUAAACCAUGUUUUCUCUACAUGGGAAUUUUCCCGGAAGACCAUAAGAUUCUUGUCUCGCGAUUGACCAAACUUUGGGUGGCUGAAGGAUUUAUAAAAUCAAAUGAAUCACAAAGCUUGGAAGAGAUUGCACGAGGUUACGUAAAUGAUCUCAUUGAUAGAAAUCUCAUUUUAAAACAUACAAUGGGAUCGAAUGGAAAUGUGAAAAAUUGCAUGAUCCAUGAUCUUCUGAGAGACUUAUGUGUAAAGGUAGCUCAUAAAGAAGAGUUUAUCUGUGUGAUCGAAGGCAUUCCACGAGGAACAGAAAGGGUACAUCGUAUUGUAUGUGAUAAAAAACUUCAAUCGAAGUAUCCGUUUCGUGUCUUUUAUACUUUGCGAUUGGCACCACUUACCCGUACAUGGGUAACAAGCAUAGAUGGUCGAUUUUCCAAAAAUAGAUUGCUCAGAGUAAUGUCCUUCAACAAUGGGGCCAAGAAAAAAUAUUUACACAGACAUAUUGUUGAUCAAGUGAACAUGCGGUAUCUUGCUACCAGUUUCAAGAUACCCUCUCUUGGUGUCAUGCUUCCUUCAUCAAUAGACAUUGUAUGGAAUUUGCAAACACUAAUUAUCAGAGGGAGAGUUAACGCACCAUCUGAAAUAUGGGAGAUGCGACAACUGAGGCAUGUGGAUAUAUGGGAGCUACAUCUUCAUGAUCCUCCUCCUCGGAGUGGUGACCAACAACAGGAUGAUUUUGUUUUGCAAAAUCUGCAGACACUAAAGAAUGUAAAAAACUUCGUGUGGAGCGAGGAGGCUUGUAAGAGAGUCGUCAACGUCAGGAAAUUGAAACUAGAGUAUGGCAUUGACGGGAAAAUGUCAAAUAAUGACUACCAGCUGUACAAUGUUAGCCAGUUGCACAAACUUGAAUCACUUUCAUGCGUAUCAUACUGUAAGGAUGAGAGGUUGAGAAAGCUUACAUUCCCAAGUUCGCUCAAGAAGUUGAGAUUAGAAGGUUUCAUGGUUCGUUAUCAAGAUUUAACAGUCAUUGGUUCGUUACCUUGUCUUGAAGUUCUAAAAUUAUUAGAUAGUUCGAUCAAGGAACCCGAAUGGAAUCCUGUCGAGGGGGAAUUCCUUCGCCUGAAAUUCCUCUUAUUACUUUGGAGUGGUCUGGUUUCAUGGAAUGUAGAGAGCUCCCAUUUUCCAGUUUUGGAGAAACUUGUUCUUCUACAUAUGGAAGAAUUGGAAGGAAUCCCUUUAGAUAUUGGAGAAAUACCAACGCUUCGACUUCUUGAAUUGAAAUCUUGCAAUGAGUCUAUGAUUAUGUCGGCUAUCAAAAUAGCGGAGGAACAAGAAGAUGCUGGCAAUGAGAUACUUCAAGUUCGAGUUGAGUUCUUUUCGGAGUACCUAUUAGAGCGGUUUAAAAAGAAGAUGAAACAAUCAGGAGAUCACAACUUGACAAGAAAUAAUUUACAAGUCGUUACAAAAAAAUAUGGUCCCAUUGGCUCAUAA